CCAGCAUAUGUGGUCACUUGACACCCAUCUGUCAACACAUAACCUGGACAUCUCAUUGGAUGACAAUUCUCGUUCUUUCAUAAUCUCACUGUAUGGGGUUCUGUACAAAAGCUUCUGAAAGGCUGUAAUUGAAGCAGCUGAUGGAUGUUCCACCACCGUGUCUGGUUUGUUCAAUAGUCGUGAAAACCAGGCAAUUUCCUCUUCGACUUCUACUUGUAUGCUUUUUAAGGUGUGAAAUUUCUGCAGAUUGGUGAUGCAAUUGAUAUCUAACCUUCCUUGUGAUGUGUUCAUACAUGCUCCUUUGCUUGUACUUGAUGCCUCAACUAUUUUUCUCCAUUGUUGCAACUGGUCCAUACUUGGCAUAGAUGUUACAUGGCAAGGAUCAACAACUGAAUCAUCAUCUGUACUGCAAUUUACACCUUUGGUAAACCAUUUAGCAAUCUUUGGCAACAAAGUCUCAAAAGCCUGACCUCUAGUUAGCUUGCUCAGUACGGGCUCUAUCUUUUUUGAAGCUUUUUUGAGAGACAAAACCUCCAAAUAAAUUAUGUACAUAUAAUUAACAAAACUAAUUUCCAUUUCAAUAUUAUGAAUUUUUAUUGCAAGACUUUAAUCCUAUGUCAUGUAAGGGCCUAUAUUCAUGUUGCCUAGCACCCCCAUUCCCAUUGCACUGCAAAGGUCUGAACUAAAUAACCUAAAUAACUGCAUAAAAUUUGCAAGUAGUGCAAUGCAGUGGAAGUUCCGGGAGCAAUACAAUGGAAGGAGAACAAGAAAGUUGACAAUGCGCAUACGAUGAUGUUUUUUUACAAAAAAGUUAAAGUGGGUAAAAUCGUAUUUCGCGGCAAGACGAUAAAACAAUUCGCGCGAGUAACGAUGGUGACAUUUAAUAUUUAUCUUUCAGUUCACGUUUCAUGUGACAAAUUUCAGUAUGGCUUCUGUGCUCCGAUCUCUCGAUUUAGCUGCAAGUGCCAAAUCGUUGGUAUCUUAUAAAGUGAUUCUUCUGAUGAAGAGGGAAGUAAUAAUGAUAAAUCUAAAGAAGAUGAAAAGUCAAUCGAGAGCACUGUCAAUAUGGAUGCUCUAAAAUCUAAGUUUCUUUUAAACAGCGCGCCAAUUGUUGAUGCUAAGGGAGGAAUUGAUUGGAGAAGACACAUCGAUCCUUCAAUGAAAGAAGUUACAUUUAAUGCAAAGUAUGACGAACUCUUUUCUGCUUCGGUUGGACCUCAAAAUCCAUUUAAAACGAAGCAGCAAAGAGCACAUAAAAAUAUGUCGUCUGGCUAUGUUGAGCCAUCUCAAAUCAGUAAAUUUCAAUUUGAUAAUCAACUAAAAACAUUCUCAAGUUACGGUUAUGCAUUAGAUCCAAGUGAUGACACAGCUCACAUUGAAGAGAAAUUUGUUGGGGAUGUUGAGAAAGCAAAGGAUAGCAAGGGAUUGACUGUGUUUGAAGCUACAAAACAGCGGUGGGAGAUAAGAGGAAAAGAGAUAGGGAGAUCCUGGUGUGAUUGA